CUUCAUUAAGAAUGACGUUCAUCUUUAUUUCCCUGUUGACUGUCAAAUUUCAGCAGAUCAUGCGGACGAAAAAGAUCCACCUCAAGAGGAAAUAGUUCUCGUUGCGGUGUAAUACUGUGGAACGGCAUGUAGUGAAGAGGCCUAAUAUGGCGGACGGAGAAUGAUGAUUUUGCCCCUAGGUCUCGGUAUUUCAUGUAGAAACUGUCCUGAACAGAAGAGAAAUGGUACAGACAAGACACAGUGCAGGAGCUAGCAACGAGGACUCUCCCGAGGCAAUACUACUGACCUCUCGGAGAUCCCGGAGAGCCGUACAUCGUCAGCGAAAAGAGCGUGUUGUCAUCGUGAGUGAGAGUGAGGAGGAGGAUGACAUGCCGGUCACACGGUCCAGAAGAAGGCCUCCCCAGGACCUGGACUCCUCGGCGAGCCAAGAGAGCUCCAGCUCACCACCGCGCCCGCGUCGCUCACGGGGCAGAAACGAACGCCACCAGCAGGUGGAGAACGACAUGUUGGAAGACAUGGAUGAAGAACCAAGAUGCCACAGCACUCGCAGGACUCACCAGUCCCCUGGUUAUGACGAUCAUACCCCGGGCAUGGUGAACGGGGAUGUUGGCAGCGGCAUCCGCCGUUCCACGCGGCAGCGACGGGGAAUCUACUCCACCCUGAACGACUCACUGAUCUCAUCACAUCUGCUGACAGGUGGGUUGGAUCUCCCUUCAGGAAAGCAGUCGUCCAGUCGGAGGCACCAGAGGUCAGAACUGGAGCAGCUCAAGUCCAGCUUCCCAGAGGUACAGUUGGAUGACAAACUGGAUAUGUACACCCGUGUGAAACGAGAGCGCAAGCAUGUGGAGAGAGACAUGUACGGGAUGCCUGUGAAAGCUGACGAUGAUUCAGAAGAGGACUCAGAGUCAGAGGAGGAAGCAGAAGAAACCGAAGAAGACACCUCAUCAGACGAAGAUGAGGAGGAAGAAGAGGAGGAGGAGGAAGAAGCUCGCACAUCCUACAGUCUCAGGAAACACAAGCCAAUCACACAACGCUUUGAGGUGCCAAUGGAGGAACCAGUUCGUCGGAAGCGGCAGACUGUGGACAUGUUUGACUCCCCGGUGAAGAGACGCCGUGACAAACACCUCCGUAGCCCUCACAGUCCAUAUCAGAGAAGGAGACGUCGUACAUUCCAUCGCAGCAGUUCCACCAGUUCCUCCGGGUCAGAUGAUGAAGAGAAGUUUGAGCGCAGGAAGGCCAAGAGCAUGGCCAGGGCCAGGAUGAGAUGUCUUCCUAUGAACAUGCUUCCUGAUGACGUGGCCGGUGGAGUAAUCCGAGAUCGCUCCAAGAUUGGAUCCAGCCUGGCAGACGUGGAUCCCAUGAACAUUGAUCGAUCUGUGACGUUUGACAGUGUAGGUGGCCUAGGUAAACACAUCCAGUCCCUGAAGGAAAUGGUCAUCUUCCCCCUCCUCUAUCCCGAAGUCUUCCAACGUUUCAACAUCACCCCACCUCGAGGCUGCCUGUUCUAUGGGCCUCCAGGAACAGGCAAAACCCUGGUGGCAAGAGCCCUGGCCAAUGAGUGCAGCCAGGGGGACAAGCGGGUUGCAUUCUUCAUGAGGAAGGGAGCAGACUGCCUCAGCAAGUGGGUGGGAGAGUCUGAGAGGCAGCUCAGGCUUCUGUUUGACCAGGCAUACACCAUGCGGCCUUCUAUCAUCUUCUUUGACGAGAUUGACGGGCUGGCACCUGUCCGAUCCAGCAGACAGGACCAGAUCCACUCCUCCAUAGUGUCCACCCUGCUGGCCCUUAUGGACGGACUGGACAGUCGCGGCGAGAUUGUGGUCAUCGGGGCGACUAAUCGCAUCGACUCCAUCGACCCAGCCUUGCGAAGACCAGGCAGAUUUGACAGGGAGUUCCUCUUUGGUCUGCCUGAUCAAGAGGCACGGCACAGCAUUCUAAGAAUCCACACCAAGGAGUGGACACCUCGACUUAGUGAUGCCUUCCUGAGCGAAGCUGCAGAGAAGUGUGUGGGUUACUGCGGGGCGGACCUGAAGUCCCUCUGUACUGAGGCUGCCCUGUUCGCUCUGCGGAGGAGAUACCCACAGAUCUACUCCUCCAAGGAGAAGCUGCAGCUGGAUGUCAGCUCCAUCAAUGUUAGUGCAAAGGACUUCCACCAGGCAAUGCAGAACAUCACCCCAGCCUCCCAGCGCUCUGUAGUGUCCCCAGGACAUGCCCUGGGUGGGACAAUACAGAUGCUCCUGCAGGGAAUGCUUGACUCCAUCCUGGGCCUGCUACAGAAGUCCUUCCCACCUGCCCUGGCACAAGCUGCAGCCAAUCCUACAACAGGUGGCACUGAUGGUGAUCCAGUAGCAGAAAUCCUGGAAAACGACUCGUAUUCGGACGACGAGGGGCCGUGUAUCUUUGACACCCCCCAGAACAGACGGCGUCGGAAGCAGGACGACUCAGGGCGCUUCCUCAACUUUGCCUUAUCUGCUUGCCAGCGUGCAGCCACCCACCGCCCGCGGCUGCUGAUCACCGGCCAGCCUGACAUGGGACAGACGGCCCACCUGGCCCCGGCCGUGGUGCAUCACCUGGAGAGUCUGCCUGUCUACACCAUGGACUUGCCUGCACUGUACGCUGUCAGUGUCAAGACUCCCGAGGAGUCCUGUGCUCAGAUAUUCCGUGAGGCCCGUCGCACAAGCCCUUCAGUCAUCUACGCCCCGCACAUUGACCAGUGGUGGGACAUUGUCGGAGACACCCUCAGGGCAACCUUCCUCACGCUGCUAAGUGACCUACCUCCAACUGCCCCUGUGUUGCUGUUAGCCACCAGUGAAGUGCCUCACACGGGCCUACCAGAGCAGGUACAGGACUUGUUCCAGACUGAGUCAGGUGAGCUGUACGUGGUGGAGCCUCCUGGUGAAGAUGAGAGGAGAGCAUACCUGCAGCAACUCCUGCUGGAACAGGCCACCACUCCUCCUCCCAAGAGGAAGCAAACAGUGUCCCGCAUGCUGGAGCCCUUGCCAGUCGCUCCCCCGCCCGAGCCCCGCCAGCUCUCGCAGAAGGAGCUGCAGGCCAUCCACCAGUUUGAGGAGAGCAUCUUCCGGGAGCUGAGGCUGUUCCUGCGCGACGUGCUGACCAGACUGGCUCAGGACAAGCGCUUCAAGAUCUUCUGCAAUCCGGUCAACAUAGAGGAGGUUCCUGACUACUUGGAAGUCAUCAAGACCCCCAUGGACCUCUCCACCAUGAUGACCAAGAUUGACAAGCAUUGCUACGAGAACACCAGCGAGUUCAUGACUGAUCUCAACCUGGUCUGCAGCAAUGCCCUGGAGUACAACCCUGACACAAAUCCAGAAGACAAGGCAAUUCGCCACCGUGCCUGCACACUUCGGGACAUGGCCCAUGUCAUCAUCACUUCUGAGCUGGACCCAGAAUUUGAGAAAACCUGUGAAGAAAUCAAGGAAUCCAGAGCAAGGCGAGGCAACAACCCCCUGACCACUGCCCCAGCCUAUGUCCACACUCUGCCCAAAGCUGUGUCCUUGGCAACGCCCAACGUGAGCCAGAGUACCUCAGGAACCACCAACUAUGCUGCCAGACGCACCCUCGGCUUGGAGACACCUGGCACCGGCUCAGCCUCUCGAGGAAAGAAGAGGAAACGCAGGAUGAAGUCGGCAUGGGCGCGGGGCAGCAUCCCAUCCUGGAAGAAGAAGCGUAAGCUCAACAAUGACGAGGAUAAAGAGGCAGAAGAUGCUGGGAAUGAAGAUUCUAACGACACUGUCAUCACGCCGACACCAAACGGAGAUGUUCAGUCACAGGAUGACCAGACAGAAGAAGAUGGAGACAGCGACAAGGAGAGCAUGAGAAGUGGUCCUGUUAACGUUCCUGCCUCCCCUCGUGAUGAUCACGAAGACUCCCAGAAUUCCUCCAUGCUCAGUCUGGAGUCAACAACAGAAGUAGAAAUGGACCAAUCACAGCCUUCUGAUGCAGUCGACCAAUCACAGCCUUCAGAGGAAUCUGACCAACCACCAGCCCUCUUGGGAGAAGCUGACCAAUCAGAACCACUCACAGUGGACCAAUCAAAUACUUCAGCAAUAGAAGCCAACCAAUCCAAUCCUACCUCAGAUGAACCACCAACGUUGGAACCCGAAGGUUCUGUUUCCCCCCAAGAUGGUGAAGAAGAAACUGAUGAUAAGGACGAAGAUGAGAAAGAUUUUGUAGUGACACCCCGGGUGACCAGGUCCCAGACCUCCAGCCUGCCCGUACAGAAGGUGGAGAAAGUGUUACAGGUUCUUGAGGAGCCAACACCAGACUUUGUGGUGGAUAAGGAGGGACUAGAGGCACUGUUGGAGGAAACAGUGCAGCUGACAGGUGGAUACAGUGUGGAGAGACUAGAGAGGCUGCACAGUGUGAUGGCCAGGUGUAUAUACCAGUACAGGAAAGUGUACGACAGGACACAGCUACUUCAGGAUCUAAACGGGGAGGUCCACAGAUUCUGUGGUGUGCCGGUCAGGAAGUGUACAUAGCAAAAGAGUGUUGUCAUAUGACAGGUAUAUAGAAAAGGCCUUUUCUGCAGCCAAUACCGUUUGGAUGAAUGAAUAGUCCUACAGUAGGAGUGAUGUUGAAGCAUUGGAGGGAAACAGAUGUAUCAGGAACAUUCGAAUUCUGAGCAACACAUGAAGUGUUGGGGGAAAAUGCUCUGAUAAAAUGGAAGAAUGGAGAACUGCAAUUGUAAACCUAAGUUAAAGACUGUUAUGUCAAAUUUUGAAAAAGGCAUCUUGCCUGAGACCUUUGUUCAGAAAAGCCUAAAAUGCCCCCACACAAGUCCAAAUAUUCUUCAUCUUUUUUUUUUUGCCUAUAUUGACAUUUUGGCUGGAGGAAAGCAAAUAAAGGAAGAGAAUACUUCAGCAUUUAUGGUCAGCUUGGUCCAGAUCAUACUGUAUCUAACUAUGUGUUCAAAAUGUAAAAAAAAUAAGAUAUCUUAUGGUGCAAACUUGGCACAUUCCUGUAGGUAAAAAUGAACUAUAGAUAUGGAUUUAUAGUCUGCAGUAACUAUUGUAUGAAGGUGAUUUGCAUGUCUGUACAGUGUUAAUGUGACUUGUUAGCUUUGGUAUGUCCACAGUGAUACCUCAAUUCUUUUGCUAUUAGUUAAGGCAGCAAUUGGGUGGGAAAGGAUCCCUAUAUCCA